AUGACUUCAAAAAUCGAGAAGCCGCGCCUGCUAAUCCUUGGAGGUGCUCUGGAGUAUCAACGCAUCUCUAAUCAGUUGUCAAGUUUUGACACUUUGUUGCAACAGGAAAUGGACCAUUUGAAGAUGGCUGUUGCAAAAAUUGACUCUCACAAUCCCGACGUUCUCUUGGUGGAGAAGUCUGUCUCGCGAUUUGCGCAGGAGUAUCUUCUUGCGAAGGACAUAUCUCUUGUUUUAAAUAUUAAAAGGCCCCUUCUAGAGCGCAUAUCCCGCUGCACUGGUGCGCAAAUUGUCCCUUCGGUCGAUCAGCUCACAUCACCAAAGAUGGGUUAUUGUGACCUGUUCCACGUGGAAAAAUUUGUGGAGAAACAUGUUAGUGCUUCUCAAGGUGUGAGGAAACUGACAAAGACUUUAAUGUAUUUUGAUGGUUGCCCCAAGCCUUUGGGCUGUACUAUAUUGCUCAAGGGAGCACAGGAAGAUGAACUGAAGAGGGUGAAACAUGUAAUUCAGUAUGGAGUUUUUGCAGCAUAUCACUUGGCUCUUGAGACAUCUUUCCUAGCAGAUGAAGGUGCUUCCCUUCCAGAACUUCCUCUGCAGACCCCAAUUACAGUGGCUUUACCUGAUAAACCAUCAACGAUUAACAGAUCAAUAUCCACAAUACCUGGUUUUGCUGUUUCAAGUGCUGAAAAGUCUCCAACUACUGAAUUAUUGGGUGAGCCACAUAAAGCCAAUGGCGACCUUACCACCUUGGAUACCGUUUACUCCGAAAUUGUCUCCUCUAAUGAUGAUGGGUUAGUUCCUACUCUAGAAUCCAGGCAGCUAUCGUUUCCCAUGGAAGAAGCUUCUGUUCAAAAAGAUCAGUGGUCUGUUUUACCCUGCGCCACAGAACAAGUAACUGAUGGUGCUUACGCUAAGGAAUCCACAGUAACAGGAGAUCAAAAUGAUAGUAGACAUGAACAGGUGGACUCUUCAAAAGGAGACUUUCUUCCGACAGCCUCUGACCAUCAAAGCAUUUUGGUUUCCUUAUCGACAAGAUGUGUGUGGAAGGGAUCUGUGUGUGAGCGGGCUCAUUUACUCCGUAUUAAAUACUAUGGGAGCUUUGAUAAGCCUUUAGGACGAUUCUUAAGGGAUAACCUCUUUGAUCAGGAUCGUUCUUGCCCGUCAUGUGCGAUGCCAGCAGAAGCACACAUUCACAGCUAUACUCACAGGCAAGGUAGUCUGACAAUAUCUGUUAAGAAACUGCCUGAAUUGCUACCUGGACAACGCGAAGGAAAAAUUUGGAUGUGGCAUCGGUGCCUGAAAUGUCCUAGGAUCAGUGGCUUUCCUCCAGCCACACGCAGAAUUGUGAUGUCAGAUGCUGCGUGGGGCCUGUCUUUUGGCAAAUUUUUGGAGCUGAGCUUCUCUAACCAUGCAGCAGCUAGUCGUGUGGCCAACUGUGGUCAUUCCCUUCACAGAGACUGUCUCCGUUUCUACGGUUUUGGGAGAAUGGUGGCUUGCUUCCGUUAUGCUACAAUCAAUAUAUUUGCAGUUAUUCUGCCACCAGCAAAGCUUGAGUUUAGCUAUGAAAACCAGGAGUGGCUCCAAAAGGAAUCAAAAGAGGUGGUUAAAAAAGCGGAAGUCCUUUUUGAUGAGGUACAAGAGGCACUUAAUCAGAUUUCAGCGAAAUCACUGGGUGCAAAUUCCAAGGGCAGCGCUCCCAGCAAGAUAAAGCUUUCUCUUGAAGAACUUGCAGGACUUCUUGAGCAACGUAGAAAGGAAUAUAAGGAAUCAUUGCAGCAAAUGUUAAGCAUGGUUAAGGAUGGACAACCUACCAUUGAUAUCCUUCUGAUAAAUAAACUUCGAAGGCUGAUACUUUUCGAUUCGUAUGCUUGGGAUGAAUGCCUAACAGGGGCUGCAAGUAUGGUAAGAAUUAACAAUGAAGCUCUGAGGAAUUCGGCUCCAAAAGUUAUGGGUCGUGACAUUUCCUUAGAAAAGCUCGGUGAUGAAAAAUUAAGCUCGAUAUCAACCCAUGACUCUCUUCCCCAGGAUGAUAAGUGUCUUAACCAGGGUAAGUCAGUUGCUGAUAUGAGCGGCAAAAGUGCUGUUCCUGAAGAUGUAGGCUCAGACAUACCCCCCGAAUGUAGGAUGGACCCUAGUGAAGGUGGUAAAGAGAAUUUUAUGGAGCCUUCACAGGUGGUUAAAACAGUACUAUCUGAGAGCCAGUCUCAAGCAACAGACUUAUCUGAUACUCUUGAUGCAGCAUGGAUAGGUGUACAAACUGCUUCAGAGACUGGUAUUUCUCGUGCGCCUAGCAGAGCUGCGUUAGCAAAUGGAACUCAGGCUUCUGAUUUAAGGCUGCCAGGUUCUGAAAGUAGGCUGAAUUUACAAGGGGGCCCAACCAGUGAGGAACAUACAACACAAGUUCAGAUGCCUUCUCCUAGUUUUUACUAUUCACUCAACAAGAAUUAUUCGCUUAAUUCUCGCAAGCAUAUUAUGGCUGAAGACCGGCCUGUAUAUGUUUCUUCAUACCGAGAGCUUGAAUGGCGAAGUGGUGCUAGGCUGCUACUUCCUCUGGGAAUCAAUGACUUGGUACUGCCUGUAUACGAUGACGAACCUACUAGUAUCAUUGCUUAUGCCCUUACAUCAUCAGAAUAUAGCGCCCAGAUGUCUGGAUCAGAUAAGGCAAGAGAGCGCUUGGAUAAUGGAGGUUCUUUUUCACUUUUUGAUUCUGUGAAUCUUCUCUCAUUGAACUCUUUGAGCGAUUUGUCUGUUGACAUGAGUAGAAGCCUUAGCUCUGCUGAUGAACAAGUCUCGCAGCUCCUACAUUCGUCCCUGUAUUUGAAAGAUCUCCAUGCUCGAGUCUCGUUUACAGAUGAAGGUCCUCCUGGGAAAGUCAAGUACUCUGUGACCUGUUAUUAUGCGAAAGAAUUUGAAGCUCUGAGGAAGAUUUGCUGUCCUUCAGAAACAGAUUUCAUUAGAUCUCUUAGUCGUUGUAGAAAAUGGGGAGCCCAAGGUGGAAAGAGCAACGUCUUCUUUGCAAAAUCCUUGGAUGACCGAUUUAUCAUCAAGCAAGUUACAAAGACAGAGCUUGAGUCCUUCAUCAAAUUUGGGCCAGCUUACUUCAAAUACCUGACCGAGUCGAUUAUUACUAAAAGCCCUACAAGCCUUGCAAAGAUCUUGGGGAUUUAUCAGGUCUCGUCAAAGCACCUUAAAGGAGGAAAAGAGUUCAAAAUGGAUGUCUUGGUGAUGGAGAAUCUUCUGUUCAAGCGGAACUUCUCUAGGCUUUAUGACCUAAAGGGCUCCACUCGUGCCCGUUACAAUCCCGAUACAAGUGGUAGCAAUACAGUUUUGCUGGACCAGAAUCUGGUUGAAGCAAUGCCGACAUCUCCGAUUUUUGUUGGGAGCAAAGCAAAACGGCUUCUUGAACGAGCUGUCUGGAACGAUACAUCCUUUCUUGCUUCGAUUCACGUAAUGGAUUACUCCUUGCUAGUCGGAGUGGAUGAGGAACGAAACGAACUAGUUCUAGGAACUAUCGAUUUCAUGAGGCAGUACACUUGGGACAAGCAUCUGGAGACUUGGGUCAAGACUUCAGGGCUACUUGGAGGACCCAAGAACGCAUCUCCCACAGUGAUAUCGCCUCAGCAAUACAAGAAACGAUUCAGGAAGGCAAUGACAGCUUAUUUUCUGAUGGUUCCUGACCAAUGGUCGCCUGCCACGGUUGUGGCAAACAACAGCUCUUCAGCAGAUGUGAAGGAGGAAGAAGACAAAGACGAUAUCCAAGGUGUUGGUAACAACUCAUGA